GUGCCAAGGUGAAACACUGAAAGUUGCUCUGUUGCGAUCAAAAUGCCGGCGCGUUCUACGUCUUCAAAUGUUCGCCACUCUCAUAGCCUCUAGGUCAGUGUAUUAGCAUUUUCGUCAUUGCAAAGUGCGGCUUAAAAGAUAAUCCCCUGUAACUUGAUGCCAAGUCAUUGAGGGCUGGCGUGUUUGCCGUGGUACUGGAUACCCUGUAAAUGUACAGACUCAUUGACAGCCCCCCCUGAUGACUCCACGGGCAGUCCGCAACAGCAAGCUGCGGGGACUGUCCAAGCACAUUGCUAGACGAAGAGGUGAACCUUUCUGGACAUUACGUACCCUUCAAGAGCAACAAUUGAAACCUUCUUUCACAAGAGACUUAGAGAGCAAUUGCAUGACAAAGCAUUUUUUUUGUCUGUGUUUUUUUUUUCCUCUUUGUUUGUUGACCACAAUAUACUUGAUAUGGCAAUGGCUGCUAAGCACGAACUCACUCGCUAUGAGUGAAGGUGGGAAAAAUCCUUCACUGCUCCUAAAUACUUCGUGACUUCCCUUUGGAACGACAAAUUGACGUUCACACGCCAGCUCGGCUUGUCUUGGCUUGUCUCACUGGAUCAUCUGUUAAGCAUUCUUCAGAAUUUUUUUUUUUCUAGCCUCCUGAGGCCCUGAGGAUUAAUCAGAGCUUGCAUCUGCUUGCAUUACUUUUGUUUUUCUUUCUCACCUGUUUGGGUUGGCGGACAAGAGGGAAAAAAAAAAAGUCAUGGAGUCAGUCCACACCCAUCCGCUGGUUCAUCAAUGAAAAUAACAACACGAGGUCGAGUGGGACGAUGAACAAAGACUCUAGAUUGUCAAGGAAAGGGGCGCCAGCAGGUUUUGGACACGGUCGACGGCAUUCGUGCUUGGGUUUUGAUGUGGAGAAUGGCCUUUCGGUGGGUCGCAGUCCUCUGGACACUCAGACCAGCCCGGGUUCUGGUCUGGUCCUACAAUCCAAUGUCCCUCACAGUCAACGGCGUGAGUCUUUCCUCUACCGCUCCGACUCCGAUUAUGACCUGUCUCCUAAAACCAUGUCACGCAACUCAUCCGCGGCCAGCGACUUGUAUGGAGAAGACAUGAUAGUUACCCCAUUUGCACAGAUUCUUGCCAGUCUACGAACAGUGAGAAGUAAUUUUGCCGUUCUCACACAUUUGCAAGAUCGUGUGGGAAACAAGUGGCCGCCAAGCAGUAACCAGCCGCCCCUGUGUAAACCAUGUCACACAGAGGAGCCUUAUCAGAAGUUGGCAGUGGAGACUCUGGAGGAGCUGGACUGGUGUCUCGACCAGCUCGAGACACUUCAGACGAGAAACUCGGUCAGCGAGAUGGCGUCUAAUAAGUUUAAGAGGAUGCUAAACCGAGAGCUGACUCAACUGUCAGAGACCAGUCGCUCAGGGAAUCAGGUGUCAGAGUUCAUCGCCAAUACCUUCCUCGAAAAACAACAUGAUGUGGAGAUCCUGUCCCCGCCGCCUAAGGAGAAAGAGAAGAAGAAGAGGCCCAUGUCACAGAUCAGUGGCGUGAAAAAAGUCACGCAGAGCCCCAGCCUUGCAUCUACCUGCAUCCCUCGUUUUGGAGUCAACACCCCACAGGAGAACCUGUUGGCCAGCGAGAUUGAGGACCUUAACCGUUGGGGACUGGAUGUAUUCAAGAUUGCGGAACACUCUGGAAACCGCCCUUUGACGGUCAUCAUGUUCUCCAUCUUCCAGGAACGAGAUCUUCUAAAAACGUUCAGGAUCCCGAUUAGCACCUUCAUCACCUUCAUGAUGACCUUAGAGGACCAUUACCGUGCUGAUGUAGCUUAUCACAACAACAUCCAUGCAGCUGAUGUUGUGCAGUCCACACACGUGCUCCUGUCUACCCCGGCUCUCGAGGCUGUAUUCACAGAUUUAGAAAUCAUGGCUGUUUUGUUUGCCAGCGCCAUUCACGAUGUCGACCACCCGGGCGUCACAAACCAAUUCCUAAUAAACACAAGUUCCGAGUUAGCAUUAAUGUACAACGAUGCCUCAGUGCUAGAGAACCAUCACCUCGCUGUGGGCUUCAAACUGCUCCAAGAAGACAACUGUGACAUCUUCCAGAACCUCAACAAGAAACAACGAGAUUCCCUCCGCAAGAUGGUGAUAGACAUGGUGCUAGCCACAGACAUGUCCAAACAUAUGAACUUCUUGGCGGACAUGAAAACAAUGGUGGAGACCAAGAAAGUGACCAGCUUGGGAGUUCUGCUGCUUGACAACUAUUCAGACCGAAUCCAGGUUCUUCAGAACAUGGUUCAUUGUGCCGAUCUGAGCAACCCAACCAAGCCCCUCGAGCUUUACCGUCAGUGGACGGACCGCAUCAUGGUGGAAUUCUUCACACAGGGAGACCGAGAACGUGAUAAGGGCAUGGAGAUCAGUCCCAUGUGUGACAAACACAAUGCAUCCAUUGAAAAGAGCCAGGUGGGCUUCAUCGACUACAUUGUUCACCCUCUGUGGGAGACGUGGGCGGACUUGGUGCACCCUGAUGCUCAGGAUAUCCUGGACACCCUGGAGGACAACAGAGAGUGGUACCAGAGCAUGAUCCCACGGAGUCCCUCACCUUCUAGUCCUGACGAGUCCCACGCUGAGCUCAGAUCGGGAGGUAGUCUGGGAGGGCCUAACCCUUCAACGGGGGUCGGCGGAGACAAGUUCCAGUUUGAACUGACACUGGAGGAGGAAGAAGAAGAGGACGAUGAGGAAUUACAGUCUGACCUAGAGAGUCCACUCGAGGAUGACCCCCAGUUGGGGAUGGAGCGGCACCAGGACUCGUCAUCGCCCUCGACAUCUCCGGACCCGCGCGGGAGGUACCACCCUCCUUCGCCACAUUUGUCACGGCCCACCAGUCUGACGUUGCAGAGCCCCCACCCUCACAGGACCACGACCUCGCCGAGCCAGGAGGGACCUGAUGGUGAGAAAGAUGACAGUGCCCCCUGCCUGCAUGAAGCCACAUAACAACCAGCACAACCUGCCCUGCUAAAAAGGCCGACAGCACUGAGAGGAGGCAGGGCGGGCCCUUACCUACCAAUAAAGUCUGUAACAUCACCACAGUCCCUUUACACUGGAGACAGCCUCUCUGUAGACAGAGGGAUGAUCCCCCUCUUUUUAGUUUCAUAUUUAUCUUGGCCACUCUUUGGGGCCUCUUAAGUCUUUAUUGUUUCUCACCCUGCUUUGGGAACGUCACCUGGACCGGGAAAAAGAGCGACUCUCUCCAAGAACAAAAGGUAAAAGCAAUGUCUUCCUCGAAAAUAUCUGCAACUCUUGGACGUGAGCAAGUGAGAGUUGCAGUGGUAUGACAGGGUCCUGGAGAUUAUUUUGCACCAUUUUAACAUACACAUUUCAGAAUCUUAUCUUGUUCAAAUGAUUUGUACUUUGAAUUUUUGUUGAGAGAUGUUGAGCUGAUGUAAUAUUUGAACUGGCGAGGAGCUGCGACAGAAUUGAUGGACCGAAUCCUCAGGGUAUGAAGAGAAACACAAAUCGAAUGUAGCAUCGAUGUUGUUCAUGACCUUAAGCCCAAAGUCAUUCCCUCUUAGAAUUUACCUCUUAUCCACACAACUGGGUAUUGUCUAACCAGUUGAAACCCUUUAAAUUGGGCACCUUAGAGCAAUCAAAAAAUGUGCGUGUGUGUGUGUGUGUGUGUGUGUGUGUGUGUGUGUGUGU